UCCACUUCCCUCGUUUUCUUUCCUUUCUCUCUCUUCCCGCUUUUUUUUUUUUUUUUUAGUUUCCCAAUUUCAGAUCUCAUUUUCUUCCACUUUUGAACUCAAUUCCCUGUUUUUCUAAUUUAUUUUCCUUCAAUUUCCACCCCACAAAACUUCAAGAAUCCAAAAGGGUUUUCAAUUCCAUCAUUUUUUCAUCUUUUUUUCCUACUGGAGGUAAAAAAGAUUGAGUUUCUUGGAAUUUUUAGCAUGUGGGGUUGUUCAAGAAAGGAAUUUCCCUCUUUUUCUUGCCACUGAAAGUAAAAAAGAUUGAAUUUUUAGCAGGUGGGGUGGGGUUGUUCAAGAAAGCAAUUUUCUCUAUUGUUAUGUCACUGAAAAUACAAUAAGAUUGAAUUUUUAAGGAGUUUUUAGCAGGUGGGGUUUCUUCUUCCGUCACUGGAAGUUGAAAAAAAGAUCAAUUUUUUGGGAUUUGUUGACUUUUAGCAGGUGGGGUUGUUCAAGAACAAAGAUUUAGCAGAUCAUGAUACCCCAACAGCAACAGCAGCAGCAGCAAGCUUUGAAGCGUCAGCUUCAGUUUUCGUCUAUUAAACCGGUGUGUGGUGAUUACCAUCGGUUUUCCAAUGAUCCGGUUCAUGGUUCAUUUCAAGAACCCCCUGGAAUUGUUGUCAAGACUCCGACACUUAAAACGACAAAAUCUUAUUUGGUUGUCUUAUCAACUUGGCUGUGGCACCAUUCUGUUUAAACCACUGAAGCGGAAGAGCACAGCAACAACUUGUGGACAGGAAGUUGGUGACCGGAAUCCAGUUUCUGGAUCUGCUAACGUCAACAGUCCCAUGCAAACACCAAUGUCUGGAAAAGAUGUACAGAAAGUUCUUAGGACUUCUAAGGCCAAAUCUGCUUCUCAAGCUGGAUCCCCUUCAGGCAAUGAUGUUACUCCUGCUGGUCCUUGUCGAUAUGAUAGCUCCCUGGGUCUUCUAACAAAGAAGUUCAUCAAUCUAAUCAAACAUGCAGAAGACGGUAUGCUUGAUCUAAAUAAAGCUGCUGAUACAUUACAGGUGCAGAAAAGGCGUAUAUACGACAUCACAAAUGUCCUGGAAGGCAUUGGGCUGAUAGAGAAGACACUCAAGAACAGGAUCCAAUGGAAGGGUCUAGAUGUCUCGAAGCCCGGAGAAGCUAAUGAGAGUGUUGCAAGUUUACAGGCAGAAGUGGAGAAGUUGACAAUUAAAGAGCAUAAAUUAGAUGACCAGAUAAGAGAAAUGCAGGAGCGGUUAAGGGACCUGAGUGAAGAUGAAAAUAAUCAAAGAUGGCUUUUCGUCACAGAAGAUGAUAUCAAGAGCUUACCUUGUUUCCAGAAUGAAACAUUGAUAGCAAUUAAAGCUCCACAUGGCACCACUUUAGAAGUCCCAGACCCUGAUGAGGCUGUUGAUUAUCCACAAAGGAGAUACAGAAUAGUGUUACGGAGCACCAUGGGCCCCAUUGAUGUUUACCUUGUCAGUCAAUUUGAGGAGAAGUUCGAGGAGGUCAAUGCUGUUGAGGCACCGCCGAGCGUGCCUUCAACAUCUGGUCUGAAUGAGAAUGCCACUGCGACAUUGGACACUGAGGAGAACAGAGAAGUUGAUAUUGUGACGGAGGAAAAAGAAAAUCAAAGUGUGCGCUCAGACGUAGGUACUUCACAGGACUUUAUGACUGGAAUGAUGAAGAUUGUUCCAGAUGUUGAUAACGAAGCAGAUUACUGGCUUUUGUCAGAUGCAGAUGUUAGCAUCACUGACAUGUGGAAGACAGAAUCUGCUAUUGACUGGAACGAGUUGGAUGUAAUUCAAGAGGAUUAUUCAAUCGCUAAUGUCAGUACCCCACGAGCUCAAACUCCACCACCUUCUACAGCUGAAGUACCUUCUGCAGGUAAUACUACCGGGUGCUAAAUGGUAUUUGCUGGCGUUUAUGUGGAUGCUCUCGUUCAGCUCCAUCAGCGCGAUGAUGCUUGUGUUGUUGGUCGAACAAAAGCUUCUGCAUUAGAUUCAAUCCCCUGUACAGCCAUUUGAACUCUUAAAAGGAAAGAACAAGUGCAUCCAGGAGCUGUUGCAUUUGAGGCUCAAGAAAUUGCAAAACUCGAGCUGGUUGUUCAUUGUACAGUUUCGAUAUAUUUAGAUUGCACUUGUUAUAGCAACAGUCAGUAGGUUAGCUGUCGAUAUCUUACCUCGCGUAUCGUGUAACUUAUCGCCUUCUCUGAUCUUAGCUCUAACAAUAUAAUUAGGUUGAUUCUAAUGUAUUUUAGCACAGAUUGUUCUUAUACUUUUGACAAGUCUGAUUUAGUUGCUGCGGUCUUAUUUAUAUUUGAAUGUAUCA